CUCCACUGCCGGUGAAGAACUGUAUGACAGCAGCACACUACAGCCUUCAGAGCAAAGUCAUUCACACGAUUGUAUCUGUCUUCUGGCUUUAACGUCAUGUCUGAGAAAGAGCUCGGCCAGAAAUGGGAUCGCUGUCUCGCAGACUGCGCUGUUAAAAUCGGCACUGGUCUGGGUGUGGGAAUAGUGUUCUCAGUUGUGUUCUUCAAGCGUCGGACAUUACCUAUCACUUUCUGCACAGGACUAGGUCUUGGCAUGGCAUAUUCCAACUGCCAGAAUGACUUCAAAUCACAUUAUGUGCUGCACAGUACCAUUGCUAAGGAGCAGUAGCGUCACACAGGGAUUCUCUCGCCUGCUUUGCUAUGAUUCUCAUUCUAAGACUGGCUGGUUUCUGCAUAAUAUCUAUGUUCUUCAUCAAGUGUUAUUUAAUAAAAUGUUAAAGGAGUUUCGAAAAUAAACGAUUAUUGGAAUGAUUUGUUAUAACAUUAUUUUGAAAACAAUGACUCCACAUAUUCCCUUCUUUAUUGUGCAACAUGCGUUCCGUAAACUGUUGAACAAGCAUGUUCAUUAGAACUUCAAUGAUGGCAGCCCAAGCUGUCUUUUGUCACAUCUGGAUUUUGAUCUAGGCAUUGAUGGUUUUCAGAAACCAUGCCAAACUAGCGCACUUGCUUUUUGUUUAAAACUCAAAAUCUGCAACGUCCACGGCAAUGUUGGCAUGGUGACCAUUUUCCCCAGUGAAGUACAAGCAUGUUGGUUUUUUACUCUGGUGUGCUUCGCUAUAAUUGCACUUAUUUUUGUACUGUUGCUGUUCAAAGGUAAAAGCGAGAAUUUUGGACAAACAUAUUACAAUGUUACAUUCAUGACUGGAUAUGGAAAUUAAAAUGUUCUUUUAGUAAGGAUUCAACGGAAGGUUGCUGGCAUUGUGGCUUUGACGCAGAUGACCAUGCGAAUAUAAAUGUAUCAUCUUUUGCUUCUAUUAAAGAUUUACACAAUUA